AUGGCUCCUCUCUCUCUCUCUCUCUCUCUCUCUCUCUCUCUCUCUCUCUCUCUCUCUAUCUAUCUAUCUAUCUCUCUCUGUCAUUAUUUCUUUCUCUCUUUCUAUUUCUCUCUCUUUUUCUCGUCACUUUCUCUCUUUAUCUUCUCUCACUCUCUAUGUCUCUCUUUCUCUCUAUUUUUCUCUUUCUAUUUUUAUAUAUAUUUAUAUAUAUUUCUCUCUCUCUCUCUCUCUCCCUCUGUCACUAUUUCUUUCUCUCUUUCUAUUUCUCUCUCUUCUUCUCGUCUCUUUCUCUCUUUAUCUUCUCUCACUCUCUAUUCUUUUGUUCUCUCUUACUCUUAUUAUCUCAUAGUUUUACUUUCACUUUCACUUUCAUUCCUUUUCGUUCAGUCAGAAAAUAAUUGCAUUUUUCUCCCUCUCACGCGUUUACUUUCACUUUCACUCUCUUUCGUUCAUUCAUGCAUAACUUAUCUUUUUUUUUCCUCUCUCUUUUUCUUUGUUUCAUUCUCGUUUUCUUAUGGUUUUUACUUUCACUUUCACUGUUCCGUUUACUCAUGCAUGAUUUCUAUAUUUCUUGCUUUUGCAACAUUUCUUUCACUUAUUCUUUCACUCUUUUUAGCGCUCACCCGCGAUCUUUCUUUCACUUUCAUUAUCUGUCUUCCUUUCUAUCUUUCUUCCGCCAUUACUCCCACUCUUUUUUCUUUUCUUUUUUUACAUUGCCUCUCCUUGCUCGGCUCGCUUUUUACGACUCUAGACACUUUUAUCACAAACGCCAUAGAUGCAGGUCCAGUCUGUCUGUCUAUCUAUCUAUCUAUCUAUCUAUCUACCUAUCUAUCUCAGUAUCUUGCUUUUCUAUCUAGGAAGCGAGCUAACCAUCUUCUGGUCAUGAUGGCUCUGUUCAUAUCUAUCUAUCUAUCUAUCUAUCUAUCUAUCUAUCUAUCUAUCUAUCUAUGUCUAUUCAUAUCUAUCUAUCUAUCUAUCUAUCUAUCUAUCUAUCUAUCUAUCUAUCUCAGUCUCUUGCUUUUCUAUCUGGUUAUAUCUAUCUAUCUAUCUAUCUAUCUAUCUAUCUAUCUAUCUAUCUAUCUAUCUAUCUAUCCAUCUAUGUCUAUUCAUAUCUAUCUGUCUAUCUAUCUAUAUCUAUUCAUAUAUAUCUAUCUAUGUCUAUUCAUAUCUAUCUAUCUAUCUAUCUAUGUCUAUUCAUAUCUAUCUAUCUAUCUAUCUAUGUCUAUUCAUAUCUAUCUAUCUAUCUAUCUAUCUAUCUCACUCUCUUGCUUUUCUAUCUAUCUAUCUAUCUAUCUAUCUAUCCGAUCUAACAGAAAAUAUCUAUCUAUCUAUUUUUUCUAUCUUUCUAUCUGUAUUCCUUUAUACAUCUAUCUCAAUCCGGGAUAA